AUGCUGUCACGUUCGCCCAGCGAGGAGGAGGAGGAAGAACGAGAAUUUGACGUGGUGGUAUGCGCUACAGGAUAUGAAGCGUCGUACAUCCCCUCUUUUGAGCUCGUGGGACGUGAUGGGGUGAGACUUGCGGAGCGAUGGAGCGGUUGUCACCGGGAUGGAGGUACUAACCCAGAGUGCUACCUUGGCACAACGGUGUCUGGCUUCCCCAACUACUUCAUGUUUCUGGGUCCCAACUCCCCGGUUGCGAAUGGAGGGUUGGUGCAGGCUAUCCAAGCUCAGGGCAUGUACAUCUAUAAGUGUGGGGGGAAGAUGCAGACCCAAGGCGUAAGGUGCAUGGAGGUUCAAAGGAGUGUCAUGGACGAGUACAACGAACAUGCUCAGGCGUAUCUGAGGGGGAGUAUGUGGACAGAAGGAUGCCAGAGCUGGUACAAAAGAGUCGGCGAGGGAGGGGAAGACAAGGUAAUUGGUAUUUACCCUGGGAGUGCGUUCCAUUUCGUGGAGAUAAUGAGGCAUCCAAGGUGGGAGAACUACGACUUUGGCUACGGUUAUCCCGGCAUUAUUGGUAGUAGGAACGGGCCGUCUAUCAGACAAAACAGGUUUGCAUUCAUGGGCAACGGGUUCACGAGGAGGGAGGCUAUGGUAAGAGUAUAG